AUGAACAUUGAAAGCUUCUCACACGACCCCACAACAACCAUAACCACCACCUUAAACCUUCCAAAACACAACCCUUCUCUCGAAGGAAUCGCUGCUAUUGUCGGAGAACAAAUCCUCUUUGGACCCCACCAUAACAAAACAACACCUUCAACAUGUGUUUCAAACCCUAAAACCCUAACCCUAACAGAACCAACCAAAACCAACAACACUAACCCUUUACAGAAAAACUAUAGAGGAGUUAGAAAACGACCAUGGGGAAGAUGGUCAGCUGAAAUACGAGACAGAAUCGGAAGAUGUCGUCACUGGCUAGGAACGUUUGAUACGGCGGAAGAGGCGGCGCGUGCUUACGACGCGGCAGCUAGGAGAUUGAGAGGUUCUAAGGCAAGAACAAAUUUUAAGAUACCUUCGGUUUUGCCGGUACCUUUAUCACCAACUUCAUCUUCUUCUUCGUCUGAUAUGAAAGGUAAGAACAAGAAGAGUGUACGUAAUAGUGUUAGGAAGUGUUGUGUUGUUAGUUCUGUGGGAGAGUUGUUCAGUGGUGUGCCUGAAGUUAGAAGAGAAAGAGAUAAUAAUGAUAAUGGAAAUGGUGUCUUUGGUGGUAGAAGCACUCGAAUGGUGAUGUAGCUAGGUUGAAUAGUCAUACUUGGAAGUUCUUUUCUUCAUAGCUUUGUGGGCUUUAGUUAUGUUUUUUAUUAUUUUAUUUUUUUUUAUUUUUUUUAUUUUUAUAAAUGGGUAUUAUGUAGGGCUAGAAAUGAGUCGAGUUGAACCUGUCUGAGUUCGAUUCGAUUCGAUAAAAAUUGGU